AUGUCGAAGAAGAAGGCGGUCACGACGAUGACGCUCAAGGACUUCCACGGCGGCUCCAUCCCCUCCGAGCUCCCGCUCCCCUCCGCCCCCGGCGUCACCCCGCGCCCCGCGGACCGCACCGUCGCCUCCGCGUCCCCCGUCGCAGCCGCGGUCGCACGGCCACGCGUACCGGUCGCUUCUCCUACCGCCGCUGCGGCGGCAGCCGCGAGCCUGCCUUCCUUCCUCACCAACCCGUCCCGCAUCGGCCAUCACUUCGACGAGGACGAGCGCACCCCCUUCGAGCCCGCCGCGCCGCGCCGCCCGGCGCCGUCCCCGACGUCGUUCGCACCCGCUCCCGUGGUGGCGCCCACCAGAUCCGGGCCCGGGAACGCGUGGGGCCCGAGGAAGGAGCCCUCUCCAGCGUCUUCCCCUGUGGGUCCUGUUCCUGCCUCCGCCGGCGGCCAGAUCUGGUUCGCGACACGCAUCGCCCAGGCCAGCGCAGUGGAGAAGGUCAUCUCCGGGAGAUGGCACCCGUCGAAGCCCUCGUCUCCGCCGGCGCCAGUGCCAGUGCCAGUGCCAGUGCCAGCUCCGGUGUUGGAGACUCCCGUGGCCCCGCCAGAGAUUGAGAGACCUAGGUCUGUUGGGGUGAGGGAGCUGGAUAGUGGGGUGGAGAAGGGCGCGGCACCAGUGAGACCCGCGUCGCAUGAAGGAAGGGUUGGGGAAGUGAGAGCAGGGGAGGUGCCAGAGAGACCCAGGUUGAAGCUGCUUCCUCGGUCCAAGCCAAUUGAGGCUCCUGAACCAUCUCCUACCUAUGUUGAAGAGAAGCAGGUGCACCAGGUCCAGGUUACUGCUAACCUCAUGAAGGCCGAGGUUAAUCAUGAUGUGCACCAGAAUGCAAUGACUACUAAAACAGGAGUUUUAGGAGCAGAUGCUGAGAGCAAGGUAGCAGAGCGACCACGUCUGAAUCUGAAGCCUCGUUCCUAUGCGACAGGACAGUCUGAUGAAAUUGCUGUUAAGGAAAGGCCAUCCCUCUUUGGUGGUGCUCGCCCCCGGGAACAAGUUCUCAAAGAACGCGGAGUGGAUGUUUUGGCCAGUGAUCUUGAGAAGACUUCACCAGUUGGCAGGCCUAAAGGUGAAUUUGCAAAGGUUGAGCAGAAGGUUGAAGCUUUGUCCAUUAACCCUUCUGUUGAAAGAGCUGAUGGUUUUCCAGCUGGUCAUAGAGGCCCAAGGAGUGUUGAUAAGAAAGAUUACAAGCGGGAUACUGACAGGGCUGAUGCAUAUAGGCCUACUCGUCGGGAGGACAGCAAGAGGGUCGCUAGAGAUAUGGAGAAGCCACAGGAGCAACCACGCCCAGAGCCUGAGACAUGGCGUAAGCCAGUGGAGCCUCCAAAGCCAGAGGUUGCAACACCUCGUUUUGGGAAAGCAGCAACCGCGUUGGAGCUCGCCCAGGCCUUCUCAACGUCCAUGUCUGAUACUGCACCACAGAGCCGGCUGACAAGUGUUCCCAGUCCAAGAGUUCCUCCUAGCCCAGGGACUAGGGAUCAGUCUGGCUUUUCAAGGCUCACUGACAGCAGGACGUUACACUCUGGCCCUUCCCAGCGAAAGAUAAACGGCUACUGA